AUGGGCGACAUGGUUGCGGCGCUGCGCGCGGUGGUGGCAGUGGCGGAGCCCAAGGCGAAGGUGGAGGCGUACCGCGCGCUGCUGGCUGACGUCAUCGCGCGCAACGACGUGGAGCACGCGAAGCUGUUCGUCGACCACAGUGCGGCCAUGGGGAGGAGGGGGAGAACGGGGAGUGGGGGGGUUUGCGGGAAAGGGGGGUGGAGAGGAGAGCGAGGGGGGUUGCGGGAGGCAGUGGGGGGUGGCGAGAAUGGGGGAGGAGGGAUGCGUGCGUGGGGGGGCGGGGUAUGGAUGGUGGGUGCGACGAUGACUGCUGAUGCCAGUAGCGGAUUGUGCCUUGGACUCUUGGGGGCGGAGCGAGCGAGCGAGUGCACCGCUUUUCCUCGUUCGUUCCACAACCAACUGCCCUUUCACCCCUCCCUCAUCCCCACCUCACCCCCUCCCCUCAAACCCCCAUCAACCCCCCCGCACCCCCCCGCCCCUUCCCCCACCCUCACCCACCCCUCAACCCCCUCCUCACCCCCCUUUUCCCCCCUUGUCCCCGCGCCAUGCGGCAGUGCGAUGAGAGGACGUGCCACUGGUGGUGGCGCGGCACAUGCUGUAGCAGCUGCCACUCCGUCCCACAAGCCUCCCUUCUCACCCUCCUGCACCUUGCCUCACCCCCCCUCCCCCCCCUCACCCUCCUCGCCCCCCUCGCCCUCCUCUUUCACUCCCCCCCUGCCCACAGUGCUAUCGGAGGACGUCCCACUGGUGGUGGCGCGGCAGGUGCUGCAGCAGCUGGCGGGCGAGCUGGGGGGGCUGCGCGCGGAGCAGCACAAGGCCGUGGCGCUCUACGCCCUCGCUCACAUCCAGCCGCGCGUCGUGUCCUUUGAGGAGCAGGUGGCGGUGAUUCGAGAGGGGUUAGCAGCGGUGUACGAGGGCGAGGAGGAGUGGGCCAAGGCCGCUCAGAUGCUUGCAGGCAUUGACCUGGAUGGGGGCAGCAGGGGGCAGGACGUGAAGUACCGCCUGGGCAAGUGCAUCAAGAUCGCUCUGCUCUACCUCGAGGACGACGAUGCAGUGAGUGCGGAGACGUACAUCAAGAAGGCAUCCUUCGACAUUGGAGAACACAAGGACGAGGCGCUCACACUGCAGUACAAGGUGUGCUAUGCACGGAUUCUCGAUUCCAAGAGGAAGUUCCUGGAAGCUGCGCUCAAGUACUACGACCUCUCCCAGCUGGACCAGAGGGAACUGGGCGGCAAGCAGGUGGACGAGGAGGAGUUGGAAGCGGUGCUGAACGCCGCUGUCACCUGCACCAUCCUCGCUGCUGCCGGCCCCCAGCGCUCCCGCAUGCUCGCCACCCUCUAUAAGGAUGAGCGCUGCAGCAAGCUGAAGAUCUACCCCAUUCUGCAGAAGGUGUAUCUGGAGCGCAUCCUGCGAUCCCCCGAGGUGGAGGCCUUCGCCAAGGAGCUCAAGCCGCAUCAGAAAGCGGUGCUACCAGGGGGGUCAACGGUGCUGGACCGGGCAGUGAUAGAGCACAACCUGCUGAGUGCCAGCAAGCUGUACACCAACAUCAGCUUUGAAGAGCUGGGUGCUCUGUUGGGCAUUGCACCGCACACGGCGGAGAAGGUGGCAGCGCGCAUGAUAUCGGAGGACAGGAUGAAGGGCAGCAUCGACCAGGUGGAGGCGGUGAUUCACUUCGACAACGACACGGACGACCUGCAGCAGUGGGACCAGCAGGUACACACAAUCAUAUCUGCAUCAGAUUAG